AUGACACCAAUUACCCAGCGAGAAUUGGAUCUUGAAAGAGACGAUAGUAGCGACGACAGCGGUCCCAUACCAAGAUCACAACGGAGUAGCAGAACAUUCUUCGCCAGCGGCAGAGCCAAACGCCAAAAGAAGAUCACUCUUGCCCAACCGGAUGAGUCGCUACCAAAGGUCAAGGAAGAGGACAAUGAUACCCCGGAGAAGGUGCUAGAGAGCGACAGCUCGUCUGAAGAUAUUCCAGUGCGCAAGCGGGCUCAACCUGCCACCCCGAAGGUGGGCGCCUCGAAGAAGUCUAAGAAGAGGAAGGCUUCGCCUGACAGCUCCCAAGGCUCGCCUCAAGCAAACAAACGUCAGACGAGAGCAUCUAAGCGGGGUAGAAAGUCUCGACAGGCAGCUGUAGGCAUUUCUGAGGACUCGGAGGACCUCGAAAUUGUGGGCGGGCCAUCAAACGCCUCAACUCGUGAUUCUGACUUUGGUGAGCCCGAAUCCAGCGACGACAACGUUCUUCCUUCCUCGCCUGGGGCAAUUCCGAGGAAGAAAAGGGGAAAACGAUCCCCUAAAGUGUAUAGCGAGGACGAGGCAAGUGACGACAUGCCCGUCUCGACGAGAAAGAGGAGAGCUCCUCCAGUUUCCGACAGUGAAGAUGAACCAGUGACUCAGAGUUCCCGCAUACGAUCGCCUUUGGCGGUCCAGCAGGAGCGGGAGGACCUUGCAGAAGACCUUGAGUUUCUUGGCUCGUCACCGCGGAAGCUAGAUGUCCCCCGCAGGCCACGGAAAGCUCCACCGGCGAUGAACGCCCGUCAAAGGGCACUGGAAGCACUCAGGAGACGCCGUGCUGGCGAGAAAGAUCUAUCUCCAGAGGUCGAAGAAGAAGUCCGGUCAAGGCGCCAGCGUGCUCUAUAUGACACAGACUCAGAGUCGGAGUCUGAGGCUGACCAAGACCAAGAUGACGAGGAGGAAGCAAACGAUGACGAGGACGAGCUGUCCGAUCGGCCUCAUGCCAGAGUCCAUCAGGCCACUACAAUGGACAUGUUCCAGGAAGACGAUGACGACGAAGAUUUCCUGGUCGAGGACGAUGAAGACGAGACUAUUGGCGUCCCGGGCGAGACCGACACUAUACCUCUCGCAUUCACCAGCAUCAGCCGUGCCAAGGGCAAGGACCUGUUCAAAUAUGCAGUGGAGUGGAUGGUACAGAAGAAGUUGAAUCCGGGAUUUGCCAAAGACGAUGAGAUUUACAGGCUGACGUUUAGGAAAUUGGACGAUGAGGUCAAGGGGCUCGCAGGCUCGAAAUUCACGUCUUCAGCCUGGACUCGGGACUUCACCAGAGCUCUUCAUGCCAGGCCACGGUUGGAUUCUGUCGAACUCGGCGGUGCAUCGAGGGCUCUACUUGAAAAUCAUUGUCAAGCAUGCAACCGCCGGACUCAUCCUGCCACAUGGGACAUCAUGUUGACGGGAAAGGCCUACAAGGGCGACACACUCUCCGAUGUAGAAGACAACGAUUCAUCCGACUCGGACGAGUCAGAAGACAGCGAUUUGGAUGACGAGGACCGUCGUUCUGUGGAUGCGAACGGACACUCGCUCCCACCGGAAUCUACCGUUUUCCAUGUUGGAGUACACUGCAAAAACAACGCGGAGACGGCGCACACGCUGACGCACUGGCGCUGGCAUUUGUAUGAUUGGGUCAAAGACCAUCUACAAAUGCAGGGUCAUCUUGAUGCUGAAAAGAUCGUCGAGCGCGACGGAUGGAAGACCAAGAAGAGGACGAAGUAUGCGAACAAGGUCGUCGACGAAAUGCAGGCGAACGGUGAAAUCAAGAAACUAUGGCACGACUUCCGGGCCACUAUCAACACUGCCAGGGAGGCUAAGCAAGCUGGUUACAGUCGGUACGCCAGAUAG